AUGGACGUGGAAGGUAAAACCUGGUGCGACAGGAAGUUGCUCAAAUUCGAAGGCAUCUGCAGAGGACGAAAUAAUUCCAUCCACAAUCACUUGGUGAAUAACGAUGUAGUAGCCGCCAUUGAUCAGCUGAAAAAAGGAACCUCCCCCUUUGUCAGAGAUGAGUGUAACAGGACAGCCCUUGAUUUAGCCAUCGUAUUAUUUAUGGGAAAAUUUAAUGAGUCCCUAUGUACCUCCCUCAUUGCAGAUUAUAUGCACUCAAAUGUGUGCGUCUCGAGGGAUUCCUCUUUGGCAUACAGCGAUAGGGUAGGAGUUACCUUUAGGGGAAAGGUUCCAUUUUAUCACUCAAAGGGUCUAUUCAAUGUGGCAAACGAGACAAGCGCAACGGAGAACUCGUCCGACUCGUUGUCACCCUUCCCACUGGCCACAAAAAAAAAAAGUUGGGCCAUUCCGUACAAAUCCCACAAUUAUCAGCAUGGUUACAAAAUGGGGAUGUACAAGAAAAAUACGACACCUCCUCCCAAAUCAUUAGCCACCAGUGGGAAAACGAAGCAUACACAAGCGUUGCUGGAUGGACGACUACGAAGAAUGAAAGCCUUACUCCUGUUCAUAAAAAUGUUAAGCAUGAACACCCGACUCAGAAAAUAUGCAGAGCGGGUUGCAAAGGAAGAGAUUGUCAAACUGUCUUUCCCCUUUCUUUACACAAAUACCAUGCACAUGCUUUUUAAUCGUUUUUCGCCUGAACAUGGUCAGGUAAAAAAGUGGAACAUAAAAAAUCCAGCUGACUCAAGAAGGUUAGUUACAAAAAUAUUAUGCAGCAAUUUGUUCGGAAGUGAAGUAAUUAAAUUUAUGGGGAACAUUUUAUCCUGUUUCUCCUCCUUCAUUGGUAUUUUUGGAGAGAAGGUGUACCUACAGGAUUCUAUCAUUUCGCAGUACAUUUUACACAUGUCUUUCACCUUCGACAACGAAUACUUAUUCAACGUAGUCGUUAAUAAGGAAAACACAUUUGCGCAAAAGGAUCUGUUUCAUUGGGAUGGAUUAAUCAACUCCAUAUCACAUGAGAAGCAUUCAUCUAGUCAUUAUUAUCAGCCUUUACUGUAUGCAAGACUGAACAAGUUUUUUUUGGAAAGACUGGAACAGCUCCGAGACGGUGCGAAGGGGGGGAGAGGGAAAGGAAUCACCACUUAG